AUGGAAGUUUCAGAAGAUGGAAGCCAGCCAUACUCCAAGUGGCAAUACAACGACCCCGGAUAUGACAGCGACGAUGAUUAUCACGUCGACGAAGAUCCUGUUGACUACGCGCACCAUUUCAAAAUCAACUCGUCGAGCGGCCUCGCGGCGGCAAGUCUGCCCGAGACAGGGUCGAGAAGUGUCGUGGUCGAAGGAGGAGAUGUGGUGAUCUCGUUAUCACCACUCGAGCAAGUCACUGUGAUCACCACAAGCACAGUACUGGAGCAGAGCAGUCCUUUCUGGCGUGCAAGCCUGAGCAAGUAUUGGGCACACAAUAAGACAGUCGGCGACCAGAAGCCCAAGCGAUUCGAGCUUGAGUUUAAAACACCCACAGAUGCCUCCCUGGUAGGCAAGACUGAGGCCACGCCCACAAUGAUACGAGAGCAACACCUCACUUCGCUGCUCGAGCAGACUCCUAAUGCCGACGUCUGGUCUGCGAGACCGAAAGCAUUCGCCGAGGAAAGCAUCAAUGGGGACUACUCGGCUCCUUUCACGCCCGAAGAGCAUAUCUCAGCGAAGGUGUCUGCGCACAAGAUCGCGUUUGCAUUCUUGGCCGGCCACCCACCGAAAGCUUGGAGGACUUCGAAGUCGCCAAGCGUCGUGCUCGUCAUCCAACAUCUGCUCGAGUGGAUUCACGAGUACGGCUUUUUCAAGAAGAUGGGCGGUUGA